AUGAACCCAGCCACGGGCCCUGGCUCUCCCUUCAAGCACAGGGCUGGGAGCCACCCCAGCCAUUCUCGGCGCUGCUGCCUGCGUUCGCCUAAAACGUUAGCACAAAGAAACCACCGAGAAACAAAACCCGGUCUCCGUGGGCUCGGGGCGGGCGAGGGGACCCGGCGACCGGGACGUUCUCCCGGUUCCCCGCCGCCCGGGGAGGCAGCCUCCGUCCGACCUUCACCGAAGUGUUUCAGAACUUGCCACCCACCCCCGGCUCCAUUUUCUCCUCUCUACGUGGAAACGGCCCCGCGCGAGGAGGGCGCGCGAGGACGGACGGGCGGGCGGAGCUCCGGGUGGCGGGCCGGGCCAGGCGCGGCCGGGAGGCCAGGGUCCGCGGCCCCACGCCCCCUCGGCCGGCCUCCGCCUCCAGCCGCUAUUGUUCCCGCGUAGCCCCCGCCCGCCGCGCUCCCGCCCCCGCUCCCGGGAGGGGGUCACGGAGGAGAAGGCGGCGGCUGCACAAUAACAUAAACACGGCGG